UCACACCCACUCCGGCCAAAUGGAGGGUGUUUAAUUCGAUUAGUAUAAAUAGUUCAUUUUAUUUCGAAUGAAACAUCAGUUAUCGUUUGUCCAAACAACAAAUCAAAACCUAACAUGGCUAAAUUUAUGCAAAUCCUUUUGGUGGCCUUCUUGGCUGUGGCUUUGGUUGCCGGCGAACCUAGACGUUUCCAGGGAAGACGUAAUCGUUUCUUGGCUCGUCAGGAAUUGGAAGAACCUGUUACUCCUUAUCCCUCGGCCGAUGAAUUGAAACCCGAAGUGCCAUUCGAUGAAGCUGUUGCCUCCGAGGGACAAUCUCCUUUCAAUCCUGUUGCUGCUGGCGAAGGUGAAUCUUCCUUUACACCCGUAGCUGGUGAAGAUGAAACUCCAUUCACACCUGUUGGCGCUGAUGGCGAAUCUCCCUUCACACCUGUUGCUGGCGAAGACGAAUCUUCCUUCACUCCAGUUGGCGCUGAUGGUGAAUCUUCCUUUACACCCGUUGCCGCUGAAGGUGAAACUCCCUUCACACCCGAUGAAGUUUAUGGCCCACCAGAGGAUACCCCCGCUUCUGCUCGUUUAACUUCUCGUCGUGCUGGUGCCCGUAGAGUUGCUGCUCGUCCAGCCAAAUUGCGUAAACCUGUCCGUGCUCAACCAGCCAAAUUGCGUAAGGCUGCCCCAGCUCGUCUCCAAGCUCAACCCCAAUAUGUUCCCCAGCCCCUCUUCUACUACAUCGCUCACUAAAAUAAAAAAGGACAAUUAAAUGAAGGAUUAUUGUUUUUAGACCAA